AUGGCUGCAGCAAAAUGGCUUCAGGCGAUGGAGAAAAUCUUCAGGGUGAUGAGAUGCCCUGAUGCAAUGAAGUUAAUCUACUCCGUGUACAUGCUGGAAGAAGAAGCGGAGGAUUGGUGGACUAAUACCGUACAGCCCCUAGAAGCUGAAGGUCGGGAAAUCACCUGGCGGUUGUUCGAGACAUUGUUCUUGGAUAACUAUUUCCCUAGGGAGGCUAGGGAGCAGAAGCAGAAUGAAUUUAAUGAUUUGAAACAAGGGUCGAUGUCAAUUGACCAAUACUUUGUUAAAUUCAAUGAGUUGGUGAAAUACGCCAAUUAUGGGAGAGCUUUACCCACUCUAACUGAAAUGACCUCCAAGUUCCAAUGGGGUCUGAACGAAAAGAUGUCUCGGAAGAUGUCAAACUGUGACAUUCGAGAAUUUAGUAGAUUUGUAAAUCAGUGUCGAAAGGUGGAAGAGGUAUACAAGGGGUCACAGAUCAAGAAGCCUUCUGAGGCCCAGACACCGAGUGCCAAUAGAGCAACAGGCUCAAGUUAUUGGAAGAACAAGAAGAUGAAAGGCAAGAAGCUAAAUGUGAAUAGUCCAUUAGACCUGUUUAAAAAGCCCGGAACUCCGAAGACUUUUGUUGAUAAGGGACCUCCUCCCAAGUGUAAAGGAUGUGGUAAGGAGCAUAGAGGUCCGUGUUCUACAG